GAGUUUGUGGUGCAUGACUCUUCCUCUUCUCCCCAUUAAAUUAUUAAUUAUAAAAUUAAAGAAAUGUAUUAAUUAAUUAACCCAAACAUAUCCAUCCUCCUUUGAUAGAAGAUUAGUUUGAAGAUGGAAGAUGUAGGAUUAGAUACUACUCUAAGGGAAAGGGAAAGGGAAAGGGAAAGGGAAAGAAAUACAGAAACAACGUCUUCCCAGCCCCAAGAUUCUGAGCAAAUGCUAAGGAGAGCGAAAGGGCCUCCUAAUAAAGUGAAAAAGAAGAGGUAUAGACGAAAUGAGGAAGAGAUAAAGUUGAUGCCUGCUGCUGAUGAUGGAGAUGUUGGUGGUUUAAUAUUAUUAUAUGAUCAAAGUGAGGUGUUGCUGUUGCCUAACAAGGAAAACGUUGUAAGUGCCUGGACCAAAGAGGAUGAAAUCACAAUCCUUAAUGGACUCAUUAACUUCAAAAGUACUGAUAAAUCAAAAAAGUUAGAUUAUGCUGCACUUUAUGACUCCAUUAAACAAUCUCUUCGUUUCAAAUCAGCCACACAAGUUCAUUUGCAAAAAAAAGUCAAGUGUCUUAGGGAGAAAUAUAAGAACAAUUUAAAGAGGGGCUUGUUCUCACACGAGGAAGAGUUGUUCUACUUAAGUGACAAAAUUUGGGGUGAAGUAAACAAGGAUCAUGAAAUGAACCAACAAUUUACUUUCCAGAGUAGUACUACUACUUAUCAGAGUUUGGAUCCGGAAGCAUCCGAUAAAUUUUUUGUGGGAGACUUAGGGCUAGCGUUAACAACUAUCACCAGGAAUCAAUCUGAUCCAGUGCAAGUAGCUCUUCAACAAUACAAGUUAGUUUCUCAAAGUCUCAGUAUUAGGAAGAGUUAUGCCAACCAAAUACUCGAGGCGCGGAUAACCCCCACAAAGGAGGAGCUUUCUGAACUAGAGGAACAAAAGAUAACAAGGAGCUAUUUCGACACGAAGAUACAACAUACACGAUUGGUUUCAGAUGCCUAUAAUGCUAGACAUGGUUUUGAAAACUCUCUUAUAAAUAUAGCAACUCAUUGCGUACUCAAGGAAGAUACACCAAAGGCUAUGAACGAGGGCAACUGUCCACCGGCUACAAUUGGAUGUCGGAAACCAAUCACUGGAAAACCUUCAGACACAAGUCCCAAAUCAGUAAGUGAAAUGUGUCAUUCUCAGGAGAGAAAGAAAAAAAAGAGAAGGAAGAUCGAAAACCAAGAAAAGCAUAGUGACUCAAGUAUACAAUCUCAGUUGGAGAUGGAAAAUCAGCUCGCAGUUGCUAGUUCUAAGGAUAUCAAUGAGAGUGCCACAUCAUCACAGAUACAUACAUUACCGGAUGGACUGACUGUUGAGGUGCUGGUGAAGGGAAAAGCGGAUGGGGAAGUAGCUUCUCCAGGCAAACUGGUCAAAGUUCAUUUCAUUGCCAAAUUAAGAGAUACAGGAUGCACUGUUGGCUCAACCAUUGGUGCAGCUCCCCAUCAAUUUUGUCUAGGUUAUGAAAAAGUGUUAAAGGGAUUGAACAUUGGCAUUGAAGGUAUGCAUGUUGGUGAAAAGAGAAGACUCACUAUUCCACCAUCUUUGGGCCAUGGGAGCAAGGUUAAGCCUCCAAUACUGCCAGACUCAUGGCUUCUGUAUGAAGUUGAAUUGGUUGAUAUAUGUGAAUGAAGAUAAUAUAUGGUUACCAUUUAACAAUGCAAUGAACUUUGCCAACCCCUCAUUGAGGGCCAUAGAGUGGAAGAACGAUGGUUUUGCUAUUGAUGUCUGGAAGUUGGUCACUAAACCAAUCUGCCAUGUUUUUUGGGGUUGUAUUGAUUUCUGAAAAUUUGUUGUUAGACUGUCUAGACAUAUUAUACUGUUAUCUUUUGCUGUAAAUGUCCUCGACCAAUUCCUUUUUUUCUUUCUUUCUUAAUGUGCGUUUAUCCUAAAGUUGACAAGACCUGCCUUAUUCAUCUUUAUAUUUGCACCUCUUACUCGCACUCU